ACUCAUUUAAGUGGGGGAAACUAAUGGGAAAUCUAUUUAGAAAACAAUGUAUCAACCUAAGGGACAUCACUCCUUGCGUAAACUACACUGAUGUAAAGUUUUUAAAGUAUUAAAUUCUCAAGAUGUUAGGCACAGAAGUGCAUGUCAUAACGUAGUGGCGACGAUCUCAUUCUGUGUUUUUAUAUUAUAGGAAACAAAGAAUAUACUUGGAUAUCUGAUAAAUAGCUAAGUGAAUUGGUUCUUUAAGGAGGGCGUUGCCACAAUGACAAUUAAUGUUCAUCGAAGUGAUGUAGGGAUAGUGAUGAGAAAGUUGUAUGUGUAUUACUAAACAUGAUACAAUUUCAUUUAAAAAAUUCAUGGAGGAGUGGCAUAUGAUUAUGCUUCAUUCGAAGAUACUAUAUAUGUACUUACAAAUAGGUUUUACAAUUGCUUUCUCUGACUGUGACCCGGCAGAAGAAGGCAAGCAGUACCAAAUUUCUGUCCAGUGGACUACACGAGCCAGCAACACCACGCUAACAGUGCGAAGGAAUGAUCAUAUGAUAGGCGGCUGUGACACUAACCACUGUUCCAGCUACUACUCACGAUUUAACAUAUGGAUGGAAGAAGUGACUGACCAACAGUUUGUCACACAUGUAACGAUAAAAAACGUCAUUCGAGAAGAUGCGAUUAACUGGACCAUCAGUCAUAUAGGAAACUUUGAUGUCAAAAGCUCAUUACUGUUUAGUUGUUUUCUUGUUACCAUAGUCAGACCAGACAAUGUCACGUGUCAUUCAGCAGAUUAUAUGAAUGGCCAUAAAGUCAGCUGUACAACAAACGUAAUCUUUCCUGCAGCAAAAUGUUUAUUCUUAGUUUAUAUCAACGGUAAGAAAAUAUCAGCCACCAAUAAUAUUGUGUAUGAAAAUAUGCCUAUGAAAUCAACAGAACUCCCGAUUGGGCAUUAUUUUAAGUCAAGCUGCACAUAUACGAUAUCAAAGUCCCUCAUGGAACCUGGAGAUUAUCUUAUAAAUGUUACAAUAGCACCGGAGAUAAUCAAGCCAGGAGAUGAAGAGAAAUAUGGAUUGACAACAACAAUACGUUUUCAUAUAGAAAGCUCCGAAGUAAAACUAGAAAACUGUCCGAGAAUAGUUGAAGUAAACACAACCAUCACGUGCACAUGUGUAAUCGUUGGGAAGAGAAAAACGUCAAACGUGAUCCGAUGGUACAGUCAAGAUGAUCGUCUUCUCCAUAACGGAAGCUCAAUCACACUAACAGGCAGUCAAUCGUUAACAGAAUACAAAUGUGAGGGCGAUGUCUAUCGUAAGUCAAAGAAUCCUUCAGUUGUAUAUAGUCCAGUGGUGCUAGAUACCAAGAAAAAUAUCAACUGCAGCAUUGAAGAAACAAAUGAAAACAUACAAGUGAUUUGUUCAACACAUGAAAUUUGUUCAAGAGUUUCAUGCAUUUUUAAUGUUACUUACAGCAGGACUGAUACUGGUUUAGAGAAUUCUCGUUAUGUGACAUCUACACUUGAGGAACACAGCAAUUGUUCCACUUGUACAUUAUAUCUCAAAAGAUCACACUUUGACAGUGCUGGAGUGUACAACAUCAAAAUAACAUUCUCUCUUAACACAUCAGAUAUCAGUCAACACAUUGUAUAUGAAGCCAACAGUUUUCUACAAUUUUUUAAAGUGGAUGACAGCCAUAGAAGAGACAAGACAAGUGCACGAUUUUUUCAGAUAGUAUCUAUUUCUUCAGUGGCAGCAGUUCUAUUUUUGAUGAUGUCCUCAGCUCUUAUUUAUAUAGCAGUUCUUCAGAAGAGAAAGAAACAGAGGAAAAUAGAAAUUCGUAACUCAGUGAAAAAUGUAAAGACAUAUGAGAACAGAUUGUCCAUACAGUCAGACCACAACUAUGAAUGUAUGCAACCAGAAGAUCACUAUGACAGAUGUGUUGACUUGGUGUGGGAUGAUAUGGUCAGACAGCAGGAUCAGCCGAUACAAGACAUAAUUGAUACAGAAUACAUCACCCCCAUAGAAACAGAACAUAUUCAUACUCCAACAUAAUGAGUGUUACUAGAUACAUUGCAAACUUUACACAGAAAUGAUUAAAAAACUAUCAAACGUUUAUCCUAUAAAGAAGAUACAAGCGCCACCUAUUGAAAUAAUGUAAAAUAACUCCUUGUUCCCUUGGAAAUGUAUGUUUUUUCUUAUGCAUCAUAUUGUCCUGAAAUGUUAGAUUGUGUUUAAUCAAUGCAUCACUUAUUGAAAUGUUUCAAAAUCAUAAUUACUCUGAAAAACUUUGUAUUGUUUGUGAAAUGAAAAUUUUUUAAAAAAUUGAAUAAAGCUUAUUGUUAUUAUUUAACUUAAAA